AUGCUCCGGAAUCUCAUCCACUGGCCCUGGAGCUGCUGCUGCUGCUGCUGCUUUUGCUUUUGGGGCUGAGUUUAAUAAGCGAGCGAGCGAGCAAACGCGGGGGGGUGGUGGAAAAAAAAAUAGGCAGAGAAUGUCCGCCAUCUACCCUCCGCUCCUGGGCGCGCUCUCAUUCAUAGCAGCCUCUUCAUGAAUUACAGCUGAAGGGGGGGCGGGGGAGGGGGGGUACCACACAACACCCCAGCAAACCUCCGGGCCCCCAGGCAUGGCUAGCUCGUGUGCCGUGCAGGUGAAGCUGGAGCUGGGGCACCGCGCCCAGGUGCGGAAAAAACCCACCGUGGAGGGCUUCACUCACGACUGGAUGGUGUUUGUGCGCGGCCCGGAGCACAGUAACAUACAGCACUUUGUGGAGAAAGUCGUCUUCCACUUGCACGAAAGCUUUCCUAGGCCAAAAAGAGUGUGCAAAGAUCCACCUUACAAAGUAGAAGAAUCUGGGUAUGCUGGUUUCAUUUUGCCAAUUGAGGUUUAUUUUAAAAACAAGGAAGAACCUAAGAAAGUCCGCUUUGAUUAUGACUUAUUCCUCCAUCUUGAAGGCCAUCCACCAGUAAAUCACCUCCGUUGUGAAAAGCUCACUUUCAACAACCCUACAGAGGACUUUAGAAGAAAGUUGCUGAAGGCAGGAGGGGAUCCUAAUAGGAGCGUCCAUACCAGCAGCAGCAGCAGCAGCAGCAGUUGUAGCAGCAGCAGCAGCAGUAGCAGCAGCAGCAGCAGCAGUAGCAGCAGCAGCAGCAGCAGCAGCAGCAGCAGCAGCACCAGUUUUUCAAAGCCUCACAAAUUAAUGAAGGAGCACAAGGAAAAACCUUCUAAAGACUCCAGAGAAUAUAAAAGUGCCUUCAAAGAACCUUCCAGGGAUCACAACAAAUCUUCCAAAGAAUCCUCUAAGAAACCCAAAGAAAAUAAACCACUGAAAGAAGAGAAAAUAGUUCCUAAGAUGGCCUUCAAGGAACCGAAACCCAUGUCAAAAGAGCCAAAACCAGACAGUAACUUACUUACCAUCACCAGUGGGCAGCAAGAUAAGAAGGCUCCUAGUAAAAGACCCCCCAUUUCAGAUUCUGAAGAACUCUCGGCCAAAAAGAGGAAAAAGAGUAGCUCAGAGGCUUUAUUUAAAAGUUUUUCUAGUGCACCACCACUAAUUCUCACUUGUUCUGCUGAAAAAAAACAGAUAAAAGAUAAAUCUCAUGUCAAGAUGGGAAAGGUCAAAAUUGAAAGUGAGGCAUCAGAAAAGAAGAAAUCAACUUUACCACCGUUUGAUGACAUUGUGGAUCCCAAUGAUUCUGACGUGGAGGAGAAUAUGUCCUCUAAAUCUGAUUCUGAACAACCCAGUCCUGCAAGUUCCAGCUCUAGCUCCAGCUCCAGCUUCACACCCUCCCAGACCAGGCAACAAGGUCCUUUAAGGUCUAUAAUGAAGGAUCUUCAUUCUGAUGAUAAUGAAGAAGAAUCAGAUGAAGCAGAGGAUAAUGAUAAUGACUCUGAAAUGGAGAGACCUGUAAAUAGAGGAGGCAGCCGAAGUCGCAGAGUUAGCUUAAGUGAUGGCAGUGACAGUGAAAGCAGUUCUGCAUCUUCACCCUUACAUCAUGAACCCCCACCACCCUUAUUAAAAACCAACAACAACCAGAUUCUCGAAGUGAAAAGUCCAAUAAAGCAAAGCAAAUCAGAUAAACAAAUAAAGAAUGGUGAAUGUGACAAGGCAUACCUAGAUGAGCUGGUAGAGCUUCACAGAAGGUUAAUGACGCUAAGAGAAAGACACAUUCUGCAGCAGAUUGUGAACCUUAUAGAAGAAACUGGACACUUUCAUAUCACAAACACAACAUUUGAUUUUGACCUUUGCUCGCUGGACAAAACCACAGUCCGUAAACUACAGAGUUACCUGGAAACAUCUGGAACAUCCUGAGGAUACAACAACUGGAUGCAUCAAAAACUAUUGGUUUUUUUUUUUUGGUUGUGAUUUUUUUUUUUAUGUUUGUUUAUAUGAAAACACUCAGAAUGAUGCAACCAAAAGGGAAAAAAAUAAAAAUCAAACAACCUUCAGCUUUAUUUUUCUUUAAAGCCAGUCAUCAUCUCUUGAUAAAGGAGAGGUUAAACAAACCAGCCUCAGUGGACCACUCUUCUCUCCAAGGAAAUCCCUGAGAAGAGUUAGCCUGGAUAGCCUUGAAAACAAACAAACACAACACAAGAAAACUUAAAGAAUGUGUAUGGUAUCAUGUAUCUCUCUCCUGUGGUGGUUCAGUCCACAGGACAAAUGCAUAUUCAACACACUGCCUUAUUACAUAACUGAUCUAUUUAUUAUCGCAUACAGAUAUUCUAAAGUCAUUGAGGGAAUGACACCACAAGACAUUUGAAGUACUUGGUCCCGUGGAUGCUCUUACAAUGCAGCGCCCUUGCCAUCCCAAGCCCAGUGACCUUACUCUACCGUGCCACUCUCCACCAACUUUUUCCAAGUUUUUCCACUUGUUGCAGUCUGUAUUUUUCACCUUUUGUUUUUCCACUUCCAGGACACAAAUUAUCAAAUGGGGGGGGGACCAAAUAGCCACCCUGAUUUUCUUCUUUGUGUUGGGGCCCAGUCCUUGGCUGUAUCCAUAUAAUGAUCUUGGACCAUGAUAGAAAAAUGCACCAAAUAGGAUCAUAUGAAUUUGUCUAGCCUUAGUCAAUAAACCUGUAGGACUUUAAAACAAAAGUGUACCUGUAAACGUCCUGCAUCCAAUAUUGUUGAGCUGUUAUCAACAUUCUUGUGUCUGUUUUCCUGUUACUAGAUAAACACAGAAGUAAAGGCA